CCGGGGCAUCACUGCCCUCCGAGGGCAAAGGACCACGAAGGAGAUGGCGCCUUUGGAACCGUGGUUUAUGAGUAUUUUGGUAUAACCUAGACCAGGGGAACAUAAGCUAAGGCCUGUCUGCAGACGCUGGUCACACUCAAGUCCGGCGGGGCGAAGAGCAACCACAGGGCACGGACGGCGAGGGGGACGAACCCCGCCGCGAUCCCGGGGGUGGGGAUGGGGGCCGCCAGACUCCCGGCGUGCAGCGCGCGGCCCCGGCGUGCACCGCGGCGCUUGAAGGCGGCGGCGCGGUGUGUGGCGCGGUCGGCGGGAGCGAGGCGCUUGGCUUGCUGACGGCCGGAGGCGGCGAGGCGGGUCGGCAUGGAAGUGAAGGAUGCCAAUUCUGCACUGCUCAGUAACUAUGAGGUGUUCCAGUUACUAACUGAUUUGAAAGAACAGCGUAAAGAGAGUGGAAAGAAUAAACACAGUACUGGACAACAGAACUUGAAUACUAUCACCUAUGAAACAUUAAAAUACAUAUCAAAAACACCAUGCAGUCAUCAGAGUCCUGAGAUUGUCAGGGAAUUUCUCACAGCAAUGAAAAGCCACAAGUUGACCAAAGCUGAAAAACUUCAGCUGCUGAAUCACAGGCCUAUGACUGCUGUUGAGAUCCAGCUGAUCUGUCUGAAGAAGAGGAAGCCACCCAGCUUCUGUGACUCUUCUUCCCUUUUGAGCCCUCUGAUCUGAAGAUAGGACAGUGAACCCAUGACCUCACCGGCCAUGGUCCUGAACAGCACUCCCAUCUAUGCCUGUUAUAAUGUAGUGACUAUAAAAUGUCUUGAAUUAUAUAGAGUUUUAUGACUUACAAAAGACUAUAGUAUUUGUUCUUGUUUGGUCCUGACUAUACACAUUACUUUCAUUUUAUAUUAGAGAAAAUGGAAAUUUACAGAGGUUGGGUGAACUAUUCCUGGGUCAAGUAGCUAAAAGUGUCAGUAACUAUUAGAUUUUGAGGUGUUUGAGGAAAGUAGGAGGUUAGGCCUGACAGCUUAAAAUGAGAAACAGUUCAUCAGCUCAGUUUGACAGCUCUUGGGUAUUGAUAUAAUCUUAGUAUAUGAUUAAAGACAUUUGUCAUUUAUGUUGACCCAUCUGCAAAUACUUUGGAUUUUAAAACUUCAUUUGCCUUUAUAUUCUGAGUAACUUGAAACCUUUGGUAUCAGAAUGUUGAGAUGGUGCUUUGCACUUCUUUGGGCCUGAGAAUCUUGGAUUGAAAAGAAAACUUCCUGACUAUAAUUAUCCCUGAGGACCAUGUGCGAAUUAAAGCUGCUCCUGGCCAAUUUGGCUAAAUGGAAAGCUCAUCAGCCCUUUUGCCAAAAACACACCUCCCUGACACCUGAUCUUAGUGUUGCAUCUGCCAAACCCAGAGAUUGGGAUGCAAGAAGGUGGCCUAUUGAGGUUCUCUCUGUUUGGUUUUCUGAAAGGGAAGGCCUCUUAGAGAUCGCAUAACCAAACUCUUAACCAGUAGACUUUAUAGUAGUCUGCCGUACAGCAUAGCAUCUCUGAGAGAGGACAUGAUAGAACCUCCUAGUGGAAGGCAUGGUGUUCUAGAAAGAGCUGGGAUGCAAAGUCAAAAACCUUGCCCGCACUUGCUUUGAGACCCAGGUCAAGUUUCCUUGUAAAGCUGAGCAUCCACUUACCAGUAAAUUUGUCCUGCCUUGAUGGGCAGUGUUCUUGAGAAGCUCUGGGGGCAGUGAUUCGGUGACAGCCCCUCACAGUCUGUGGGCACGACACAGAUACUAGUGGAGGCUGUCACUCUUCUGACAGUAGUUCAGAGUCCUUCACCCUCUCACCUGAGGCAGGAAGUAGUUCACCAUCAACUGCAUAUGCCAGUUAUUCAUAAACUUGGAGACAUUUUUCUCAAAUGGAGAUCAUCAUUUCUCAGGAUUAAAUCAGAUUGGAUAUAUCCCUCUUUCCACUUCCUUCAUUCUUUGGAGGAAGUCUGUGUUAGUCCUUUCAUGGACCCAUUUUGCAUGUCUGUUUUUUAAAUGAGCUUUGGGGAUUGUUUCUUAUUCAGUUAAGAAGUUACAUUUUAUUGAGCCUUUGAAUCAUUAGACAGUGGACAUUUUAUUUCACAGUGUGAUGGGAUUUAACUUCAUUGGUUCACUUGGUAUCUUCCCCACCCUAGACCUCCCGGGGUUAUUCUCUAGUUGUGGAAACAUUUUUGGACGAAGAUGAAUGAAGAGACUAAUGUUUUUUCAGGAGUUUGCAGUAUGAUCUUGGAUGUGUCACUGGACUUCUUUUGUUUCUAUACCGUUAUUUGUAAAGUGAGGCAGUGGACUGAUUUCAGGAUUGUAAGUCUAGCUUGCCAUCUUUCUUUACUUAAAUCUGCCGGAUUUCUUUCUAGAAUUCCUUUUGGUCUUACUUGCCAGAUGUCAGAGAUCACUGUGGGAAAUGCCAUAGAAUAGGACCCUGGACACUUUAGCUGAAAAGGUUGUUUGCAAUAGACAGCUAAUGCCACCAAGUGAAUGUGCUUAAACAAUGUGACUGCCUGCAUAUUUUUAAAAGGGGGCUGACUAUACAUUAUGUUUGUAUUCGAUAACAUAUUGAGAAUCAGAGGUGAGGCUUAGAAACUGGCUCAUGAUUGUGGGUAUCGGCUAUGUGUUCAGAUUUCCAGGACUGUGUCGGAAGCCAAGCUUUAAGUAGACCUUUGAUGAGGCAGUGUGGGGUUAUUUUCCAGCGUCACUCAUCAGACUCCUGUUCUGCAAUCUCAGGAGGAGACUAAGGCCCAGUGGUGUGUGUUCGAGUUGGAUAGGCCUGGCUUGGAUUUCUAGUUUGCCCUUUGCCAGGAUUGUUGUGAGGGUUAAAAGAAAUAAUGGACAUACUAGUAAAAUGUAAGGUGCAGCACCAGGCACAUAGCUCCCUAAAGAGCUGUUCUUAGGUGGUGGGGUUAAUGAUGAUUAGAAAAAAUAUAUAAACCACUUGGCACCAUUGAUGAGGCAGUAUGGGAUUGUUUUCCAGUGACACUCAUUAGACUCCUGAUGAAUCAUCAGGUGAGUUGUUGCUACAGUUUGUAAGUUACAGUUGAACUUGCAAAAUACAAAAAUAUAUAAAGCACCAUGCACUCCCCAGAGGUGAGUUUUUCUUUGCAUAUGCAACAUAUUCACAUGUGUACAUAGGGAUAGAACUGUUAGGGUUUUCUUUUUCUUUCAAGAAAAAUACUAAUCUGCAACUCUCCUUUUUCACUGACCCAUUUUGAGCACUAGCACUGGCUUACCCUGAAAUUUGAUCAAGCUUCUCCCUCCUGUGGAGCCAAGGUGGAGAGGACCGAGAGACCAGAGGCUCUGGACCGGCCCUGAAGCUCUGUGCUAAGAGGCUGGGCUGGGACUGGGAAUGACAUGGGGUGGCUCAGCCUAGGAGGCUCAUUUUAACCCUAGAGGUUUUCUUCCU